GUCGCACCCCCCCCGACCCCAUUCACAGCCCUCCCCCUGAGCCAGGGCCGGGAGUGGGGCCAUGGCUCGGGGGCAAGAGGAAAGGACACAGACAGGGGUAAGGGGGCCAAGGCUGGGACUGCAGCUGGUGGUGGGUCUGCGUCUGGAAGCAGGGCCAGAGCCGUGGCCGGGAGCUGAGGCUGGGAGCAGGAAUGGAGCAGGAGCCAAGCUGCGGUGGGGGCCAGCAGCUGAGUCCAUGGCGAGGUGCGGCUCCACUCCCAGCCCCGCCCCUUCCCCCAGCCUGGGCCGGGAAUGGAGCUGCAAGAGGCUGCGACUGGGAGUGGAGCCAGGCUGAAGCUGGGGACGGUGCCAGACAUGGAGCUGGAAGUCAGGGAUGCGACUACUGGUGGGACCAGAGCUCAGGGUUGGGAGGGGCUGGGUAGUGCUCCCUCUCUGCCCCCCAUGGGGGCUGACCCAGGACCUGUCAUGUCCCUCCAAAGGGGGGCGCACCCCACAGUUUGGGGACCUCUGCCCUAUAGAUAGAAGAGUUCAGGGAAAUGGCAUGAGAUGGUGCCGUCUUUGACAAAGUAAUGAACUUGCUAGAGUGCAUGUGGGUAUUUGUGGGUGGCUGUGUGAAUGCCUUUUAAUGGCUCAAAUCAAAACUUCACAAUUGUGUGUCAUAGACCCCACAGUGCCCAGCGUUAAGGGAAUUACCACUUUAGCUCUGCGGUCAGGGACUUGUGCUAUUUGAGCUGGAGGAUCUCGCUUGUAUUUCCACUGCCAAUGGGAAGUCCCAAAUGGCUGUUACGUGCAGCACAAUGAGAGUCAUGAAGCCGUUGAUGAUUUCAGGUUUAUUAUUGUCUAUUAGAAACGUGUGACAAAAGAAACAGUAUUCUCCCCAUGACCCAGUGAGGAUGAUGAUGGGGUGUUUUGGUUUCCAGGCAAAGAAAGAGGAGGAAGAGGCUCGCUGCGUUCACUGGAAAUUCAUCCCUGGGAAAGGCACCUGGGCUAAGGUUGGCUGCAAAAGUCUCCAGACGAACAGCACUCACACCAUCUGCAGCUGUGACCAUCUCUCCAGCUUCGCACUCCUGAUGGGUCACACCGGAGUGGAGGAGAGUUAUCCACUGACCGUCGUCACCUACGGGGGACUGACCUUCUCCCUGCUGUGCCUCCUCCUCGCCAUCCUCACCUUCCUCCUUUGCCGCUCCAUCCACAAUGUCAGCACCUCCCUCCACCUGCAGCUCUGCCUCUGCCUCUUCCUGGCCGACCUGCUCUUCCUCACCGCGGUGACCCGCACCCGCAGUGGGGGUCGUAAUCCCUUUAAAGUCACCUUCUUCUUGCUCCCUGCCUGUAGCUGCUGGCUCAGCCUGGAGAGAGGAUUUCAUUGGAGCUUCCUGGGACCAGUCUGUGCCAUAAUCCUGAUAAAUUUAACAUUUUUUAUUGUAACCCUCUGGAUCCUGAGAGACAAACUCUCCUCCCUGAAUGAAGAUGUGUCCACUCUCAAAGACACCAGACUACUGACUUUUAAAGCUACCCAGCUAUUCAUUCUGGGCUGCACAUGGAGUCUUGGUCUCUUCCAAGUCGGCUCAGCAAAAAUGGUCAUGGCGUAUUUAUUCAACAUUGUCAACAGCCUGCAGGGAGCCUUCAUCUUCCUGGUGCACUGUCUCCUCAAUCGCCAGGUGAGAGAGGAGUACAGGAGAUGGAUUAAAGGCACAAGAAAACCCAGCCCCAUAAGUCAAACGUUCAGUCCGUCUGUGUCCACUGUCGCUACCGACACCAAGGUGGUGAGUUGCGGAGAGCCUUCCACUUCAUCUCUGUGAAACAAUCAUCUCUCCAACCAAUGAUGUUUAUCAUACAGCCGGCUUUGCUGUGCCAGUGGGGCAGUUGCCGGUUCUUCAUCCCAACUACAUACAAAACCUGGAAGGGGAAGCGGGAUUGGACAAAAUCCUCUCUCUAAUCCAAAUCCAAAACUCCUACUGAAUUCAAAGGCCACCCUAGGCUUUUAGCUGCGUGUGUCUCCCAGAUUUAAAGGGCCAGAUCCCAGGUCAGAGAGCAGUUAUUUCUUAGGGAAAGCACAACAUGUGGGGGAGUUGGGGGGUGGGAGGCGAUUUGCAGAGCCCUUGCGUGCUGUGUGUGUGAGCUAGCUCUGCUGUUUCACUGUAAUGUGUAAAUAAUAAAAUAACCUGCUUAUGGA